AUGGAAUCUUCGGCUCCAUCGUCAAACAUACCCAAUGAGAUUAUUCGAAUUAUACUUUUACAGUUGCCGGUGAAGUCUAUCAUUCGGUUCCCAAUGCGCAUGCAAAAAUGGCCGUUGGGAGAGGCUGCGGAUUAUCCAUUGAUUCGUGGGAGCAACCAAUACCAUGUUACAGCUUUGUGUUCUUGCAAUGGGUUUGUGCUUCUGGCGGCGGCUGAGAGAGAUAUCUUGUUGUGGAACCCGCUCACCAGGUGUUUGACGAAAGUCCUCGAGUCCCCAUAUCCCGGGAUAAAAAACUCGGGUGUCCUUGCAGGGCUAUGCUAUAACUCCCGCACUAGAGAUUACAAGGUCGUCCUAUUGCUUCGCCACUUAAUGGAUUAUGACAAUCCCUGGGGUUACUCGUCGGGAGCCAAUAAGAAUAGGAUCAUAUAUUUUGAUCCUAUGCGUGAUGAAUUCAGAAUCUUACCCACCCCUUCCGAACGGAGAGAAAACAACUCGAUAGUCGGGUUAGGGGUUAUAGAUGACUGUUUAUCCAUGGCAUGCAUUCCUCAUCACAAUGAGGCAAAAACAAACACGUUGCAGGUAUUGAUUAUGAAGGAAUAUGGCAUAGAAGAAUCAUGGAUGACUGCGUUUGAUAUCCAAAUGCCUCAACUUAGUUAUGGGAACCAUGGCUUAACAUUCUACUCUCAGCCAAAUAAUACAGAACAAGUAUUAUUCAUGCGUAGGGGUUCAAAUCGGCAUCACGUAUAUGUUUAUGAUCGGAAAGAUGAACGGAAGGAAGUGCUGAUGGACUUUCUAAAGCAGAGCACAGGUCUUGAUGAUGAGAACUUUGCUAGUAUGUUUUUCUAUGUUGAGAAUUUUGAUUGCUUAGCCCUGCAGCCACAUGAUUAUAUAUUCAGUUAG